UUUGACAAAAAACAAAAAGAUUCUUGCUUGGAAGCGCUCUGUUAUUUCUUGUUGCAGAAACUUCCUAGCGAUUGCCAACGCCUAUAUAUGAGCGAUUAAAUUUCAAACACACAAUCAAAAUCUCAAUCCGAAAUCGCAUGAGCUUUCGCCUACCCCAUCGCCACAGGUGGUCGAAUUUACUGGCGACCAUGUCGGAGGAAUUAUCCGCUGCCGCCGCCGCCGCCGCGACGACUUCAACAUCAACGGUAGUAACGAAAACAUCGUCGAAAUCUUUGUGGCCCAACGUUCUUCGUUGGAUUCCCACCUCCACCGACCACAUCAUCGCCUCCGAGAAACGACUUCUCUCCUUAGUCAAGACUCCGUACAAGCAAGAACACGUUAAUAUAGGUUCCGGCCCGCCAGGUUCCAAAGUCAGGUGGUUUCGUUCCUCUAGCGAUGAUGCCAGGUUUAUCAACACGAUUACUUUUGACAGCAAGGAGGAUUCUCCCACACUUGUAAUGAUUCAUGGAUAUGGUGCUUCUCAAGGCUUCUUCUUUCGAAAUUUUGAUGCUCUGUCUAAGCAUUUCAGAGUCAUUGCUAUUGAUCAGCUUGGCUGGGGCGGAUCAAGCAGGCCUGAUUUCACAUGCAAAAGCACUGAAGAAACUGAAGCAUGGUUUAUCGACUCAUUUGAGGAGUGGAGGAGGUCCAAGAACCUUAGCAACUUUGUUUUACUCGGACAUUCGUUUGGAGGUUAUGUUGCAGCUAAAUAUGCUCUCAAGCACCCUGAGCACAUAAAACACUUGAUAUUAGUGGGGAGCGCUGGCUUUACAUCAGAGGAAGAUAGUAAGUCAGAGCGCAUAGUGCGUUUUGCAGCAACGUGGAAAGGAGCAGUGAUCAAGCAUUUAUGGGAGUCUAAUUUUACUCCUAUGAAGCUUAUUAGGGGUUUCGGUCCCUUUGGUCCAAAUAUGGUCCGCAAGUAUACUACUGCUAGAUUUGGUGUAUAUUCAACUGGCCAGGUUUUGACCGCAGAGGAGUCUAGAUUACUGACAGAUUAUGUGUACCAUACUCUGGCGGCCAAGGCGAGUGGAGAGCUGUGUUUAAAAUACAUAUUUGCCUUUGGAGCAUUUACUAGGGUGCCUCUUUUGAAAAGUGCAUCUGAAUGGAAAGUGCCAACGACCUUUAUAUAUGGUCACGAUGAUUGGAUGUCAUAUGAAGGGGCCCAAGAAGCUCGCAAGUAUAUGAAGGUCCCCUGUGAAAUUAUAAGGAUUCCUCAGGGUGGCCACUUUUCAUUCAUAGACAAUCCAACUGGCUUCCACAACGCUGUAAUAUAUGGUUGCCGCGGGUUUCUUCCCUGUGAACAGGAUAGCGACUCUCUUCCUGAAGGUCUGAUAUCUGCCUAAAAGGAAGCACAUGUUGUAGUAUCUAUAUUUUUGCGGGGGUUGAAUAAUGGGUCUCGGUACAUCCCUAUUCAUGAGUCCCAGUUAAGACAUUCUUUUAGAUGUAUUUGUAUGUCUGAUUCCAUUUGUUUACAAGAAAAGAAAAUUUCCCUGGUGUAAUUCUGUGUAACUUCCCAUGCAUGUAGCGUAUGGUUCCGCAAUAUCUUUGAACAGAUACCUGAUUAUUUGAGAGUUUAUUGGUAUGGUUUGAGCA